CUUUACCUGAGAAGCUUCGCGACACGAGCGCAAGUCCGACGAAAGCGGCUUUUUUUUUUCGGAUGGCCUUCUUCUCCAGUGACACCUUGGGCGUGUGGUCCGCCGUGGUGUGUGCCGUGCUGACCAACGUCUACCUGCUGGUGUCCAAGUGGAUGCAGCAGGAGGGCUGGCCCUUCUUCUUCGUGGGGGGCCUGGGGGCCUUCUGCGUGGCGCUGGGUCUCCUGGCGCUGAUGGCGGCGCAGGGCACCUUGUGCCACCUGAAGCGCCGCGAGGUGAAGUGGGUCAUCCUCCGCGGGCUCUUCGGUUGCGCCAACAACGUCCUGAGUGUGCUGGCCACCCUCGCCGGCGCGCACAUAGGCUCGGUGGGCGCCUUGUUGAGCGUGAACACGGUGGUCGCGGCGCUCCUCGGGCGCUUGGUUUUGAAGGAGCCCUUGACGAAGCUGCACCUGGUGGCGGUCACCUUCUCGCUGACCGGGGCCGUGCUGAUCUCAGACCCCGAGGCGGCCUUUGGCGGCAAGGGCGUGAACCUGGGCAAUGUCCUAGCGCUCUCCGCCGGAGUGUGUCUGGGCUGCAUGUUCAUCAGCUCCCGGAAGUCGGGCUCUGCCUCCUCCACGAUGCUCACGGCCAGCGCCAUGGUGCAGCGCUGGGUGGUCUGCUGGGUCCUGGCCUUCGCGCCCGUCGUGCCGGACGGCCAGCUCGAGCUGGUGUGGACCUACCCGGAGAAGUUCCUUCUCUUCCUGGGCAUCUGCAUCGUGCUGCUCUUCUUGGCGAACUUGGCCCAGUCUAUGGCCGCCAAGCUCUGCCCGGCAGCGUUGAGCUCGACGUUGAUCACGGGCACCCAGAUGGUCACCGGCUUCCUGCUGGACCUUAUGAUCUUUCACAAGGUGCCCACGGCCUUGACGCUGGUGGGGGCCUCGCUGAUGUUCUGCGCCGUGAUCACCAUGGCCCUGACGCGCAAAGCGCCGGCGAAGGCCCCGCGCGCGGAGGGCGCGGACUUGCCGCAGGGAGUGGUGGCGGAAGCAGAGGCGCCCGUCCCCGAGCGCGAGAGCCUGGCCUCCUUCGUCGCCUCGGAGUACGUGGAGCGCGAGGCGCCUCUGUCGGUUCCGCGGCAACGUCUCACGAUUCUGCCGACGGUGCUGGGGAUCACUGCGGCAGCAUGAGCUCGCCAAGGGGCCAUGGUCAAAAGAUGCUUGGGGUUGGUAGGG